AUGCGUCCAUACAUGCUCCGAUAUCCCCGACGUCCCCCCGCGUGCCCCGGAGGUUGUUCGGACGCAGUAACGGCCGCACAUUCGGAGCUUGAACAAAAGCUGAAGACUUCAUCGGAUUCCUCGCUGCUGGCAGACAUAUUGCACAAGACUAUUCUCCACCCCCUGUGUGUACAAUAUCCUGCUUCUGUCAAGUAUAGAAGAUGCUUUUUAACUGAACUCAUUAAAAAGCAUGAAUCCACAACAGCUGAACCCUUGGAUGAACUGUAUGACACACUAGCAGAUAUUUUAAAUAAAGAAGAAUCUAUUCAUUGUUACAAGAACUACUUACUGCCCACGGGAGAAUCUAUUACCCUUUCUGAGGACGUAGCAAUUGUCUCACGAGGGACCACAGGGCUUGUCACGUGGGAUGCUGCUCUUCAUCUUGCUGAAUGGGCGAUAGAAAAUUCUACAGUUUUCACUAACAGGACAGUUUUGGAAUUAGGAAGUGGGAUCGGCUUCACUGGAAUUGCAAUCUCCAAAGCCUGUAACCCCAAGGCAUAUAUAUUUAGUGAUUACCACCCCAGCGUUCUCAAACAGCUGACAGAAAACAUUUGUUUGAAUGGCUUUGUUUUGGAGCCUGAAACUACUAAUCAUAUCGAAAUGGAGUCCCGAGGCCGGAAGGUAGAAGUGAUGACUUACCAAAAAACAAAACUAACUGUUGCAGAACUUGACUGGGGUUCAGUUACAGAAAAACAAGUGCUGGAUCUUCAACCUGAUGUCAUCAUUGCAGCAGAUGUGAUAUAUGAUCCAGAGAUAACAUUAGCCCUUAUUGGCCUGCUACAAAAACUCUCCGCUUGGAGGGCGGAUGGGAAACCUCCCGAGGUCUAUAUUGCCUUUACAGUCCGAAAUCCCAACACGGACCAUCACUUCAAGGCUGAACUUGACAAAGUUGGGAUUGGAUGGCAGAUUAUUCCAGCACACAGGAACAGUAUUUUCCUCUGUGAUCUGCAAUCAAACAUAACUAUUCUACAACUAUUGAUAUAGAUUUUGUAAAUUCAAUACAAUUAG